AUGACCUCCACCGACGAGACCCGGCCGGCCGUGGUCGCCGACCCGCAACCCCGGGACGGUGAACGGGACAUCGAGCGUCAUGCCAGGCGCCGCACUGCCACCGCGGAUCGCGACCGCUGGUGGAAGAUUCGUCUUUUCAGCGGCAUUGCCAACGAUCUCCGCCGCCGUUCUCCCUACUACGCCAGUGACUGGAAAGAUGCCUGGGACUAUCGUGUUGUGCCUGCCACAAUCUACAUGUAUUUUGCCAACAUAUUACCGGCCCUUGCCUUCUCCCUCGACAUGUUUACGAGUACGGAUUCCAACUAUGGUGUCAACGAAGUCCUGCUGGCCUCCGUUCUAGGCGCCGUUGUCUUCUCUCUCUUUGCAGCCCAACCUUUGGUCAUUGUCGGCGUGACGGGGCCCAUUACCGUCUUCAACUACACGGUAUACGACAUAAUGAAACCAACUGGAGUGAACUAUAUGGCUUUCAUGUGCUGGAUCGGAAUCUGGUCUUUGAUCUUCCACUGGAUACUUGCAGUAACCAACUCUUGUAACCUUCUCAAAUAUGUCACCCGCUUCCCCUGCGACAUCUUCGGCUUCUACGUCGCCUUUAUCUAUCUUCAAAAGGGGAUCCAAGUUCUCGAGCGUCUCGGCAGCGGCGAGGCCUUCUACCUCUCCAUCGUAGCUGCUCUGCUCGUCUUCAUGGUCGCCUACCUCUGCGGCGAGCUCGGCGGGAGCAGUCUCUUCACGCACACUCUUCGCGUCUUCCUCAAGGACUAUGGCACUCCGCUUACCCUCAUUUUCUUCACCGGCUUCGUCCACAUCGGUCGGAUGAGCGAUGUCAAGGAUCUAGAGGUCCUUCCUACUGGGGCCGCGUUUAUGCCUACGAGUCGCCGCAAUUGGGUCGUUGAUCCGAGGGAUGUCACGGUCGGCCAAGCCUUCCUGGCUGCCCCGUUUGCUAUUCUAUUGACUAUUCUGUUUUGGUUCGACCAUAAUGUCUCUUCCCUGAUUGCCCAGGGCACCGAGUUUCCUUUGAAGAAGCCCGCCGGCUUCCACUGGGACUUCUUCCUCCUCGGACUCACCACCGGGGUCGCCGGCGUCCUCGGCCUUCCCUUCCCCAACGGCCUGAUCCCCCAAGCCCCCUUCCACACCGAAUCCCUCUGCGUGACCAGGACCGUCCAGGCCGUCGAUGAGAAAGGCGAGCACAAACCCGGACACCUCGUAACAGAAACCACCCACGUCGUCGAACAGCGCUUUUCCAACCUAGCCCAGGGCCUCCUAACCCUCGGCACCAUGACGGGGCCGCUGCUCGUCUGUCUGCACCUCGUCCCCCACGGCGUUCUCGCCGGUCUCUUCUUCGUCAUGGGCAUCCAGGCCCUCGAGGCCAACGGCAUCACGAACAAGUUGCUCUUCCUCGGGCGCGACAAGGCCCUCACGCCCCCGAACCACCCGCUCCUCAAGAUUCGCCGCCGCCGUGCCGUUUGGUUCUUCGUCGCCGUCGAGCUCGUCGGCUUCGGUGCUACUUUUGCCAUCACGCAGACUAUCGCCGCCGUGGGGUUCCCUGUAUUCAUCAUGGCGCUCAUCCCUGUGCGCACGCUUCUCUUGCCUAGGUGGUUUACCGAGGAGGAGUUGAGUGUCCUUGAUGAACCUACAGCUUCCCCGUUUACUAUGGAGAGUUGUGGAGGGAUUCACGGUCUUGAUGCAUAUGACUCGGAUGCCUCGGGUGGUGGUGGUGGUAGGCUUGAUAAGAAGGCCUCUGAGUCUCAUCAUGGUGUGGGAGGACUGUUAGGUAGUGCGGUCCGCCGUGGGUCAGGGCUGCACGAAGAGGGUGUAUCUGCUUAUCCUGGUGCGUCAAGAAAGAGUCGGGACUCGUUGAGGGAGACGGCAACGAGGCGGAGGCAUGCGAGGUCAAACUCGCGGGGGAGAGGGGACGGCGAUGAUAGUGAAGCUAGACCGAGUCAGGGAUAG